CACUGAAGGGUCAGAUUUGGAAGCUAGAAGGACAGGCCGAGUCGAACUCGAGGCAGAAAAGUCAACUAAAGAUUGAGCUAGACGAAGAAAGGGCAAAGAAUGCUGGGCUGAAGAAAGAGCUGGUGGUUGUUCAAAGCAAGUAUUCGGAAUUCCAAAGAAGCAUGGACUGGUACAAGAGAGAAUCCUUGUCCAAGGAGAAAACAUCCGAGGGGCUUAGAAAAGCGAUCGAGCCGUACGAUUCCAAGAUAGAGGGCUUCUACGAAGAAAUCAUUAAGCUGCAGUCAAACCUUGAGGUCUCGGAGAAAGAGAAACGAGGUCUCCACGAGGAGACUCUGCAGGCGCAUAAGAGGUUAAAGGAAGUUGAGGCCGACUUUAAGCUUUGUGAGGAGGAAAUCGAACGGCUCAAUACGGAAAUGCAAUCAUUCUACAAAAGGGUUUCUGAGAUUCAAGCGAGUUAUAAUGUCAGCGAGCAAGAGAAAAACGAUCUUCAUCACCAGGUCUUGCUGUUACAGCAGAAAGUAAAAAAAAUACGAAGCGGAGACGGAAGAAAGUCUUAAACUCCGUACGAGCCUUGAGAUCCAAAUGAAGGAAAUCACAAACAAGAGUUCCAAGUCCUCAGAGGAGAUCGCCGUCUACAAAAGGCAGUUUGACGAUCAGCAACGUAUGAUUGAGGAGUACAGAUAUGAGGUCAAUGAAAAGAAUGCCGAGAUUGAUCGCCUGAGGGAAAGGGCUAUAGCUCAGACGGCAGAGGCCGAGUCUGCUCAAAGAGAACAGGACCACUUUAAGUCCAUUUACGACGCUUGUGAUAAGGAUAAGAGGAAUCUUAAUGAGCAGUUGAUAACAAAGACCGAAGAGCUCUCUAUGGUAAACGUCUUGUUUGAGACGACCUUUAAGCGUAAAGAACAACUGGAAAGAUUGUAGAGCUCAACAGGAAAGUCAUGGCUGCCGUGGCGAGCUACAGAAAGGCCCCGGAUGUGAAUAUUGUGAAGGAAUUAGAGUAUGAGCGCGCACGCGCGGCAGAAUCACAACGACAGCUAACCAAUUACAAGAAAAAACUGCAGACGCUGCAAUCACACACUGAGAUGACCAAGAAAUAUGUUUCCGGUGCAGUAGACGAGCUACAGCUUGCGAAAGACGCCAUGGCGUUUUUGAAGGUCGAGCUAGAAAAAGCAGUCGAGGAGAGAGAUAGUGAAAUACAGAAAUCUGCGUCGUUGCAUAAGAUGGUGGAAGAUUUAGAGAAGGAAGCUCAGAAUAGCGCUAAGACAAAAGAGAAAGCGGACGAUGAUGUCUUCAGCAUGAGAUCAAAAGUCUUAAAGCUUCAAUCGACCAUACUCUUCAAAAACAGCGAUCUCACUCCAAGGAACAGCUAG